CAUUUAAGGAGAUUGGAAUGCCUGAACUAGAUGAAUACACCAUGGAAAGGGUCCUAGAGGAGUUUGAGCAGCGAUGUUAUGACAAUAUGAAUCACGCCAUAGAGACUGAGGAAGGCCUGGGGAUCGAAUAUGAUGAAGAUGUUGUCUGUGAUGUCUGCCAGUCUCCUGAUGGCGAGGACGGCAAUGAGAUGGUAUUCUGUGAUAAAUGCAACAUCUGUGUGCACCAGGCCUGUUAUGGAAUCCUCAAGGUGCCAGAGGGCAGCUGGCUGUGCCGGACAUGUGCCCUGGGGGUUCGGCCAAGAUGUCUGCUGUGUCCCAAGAAGGGUGGAGCUAUGAAGCCCACCCGUAGUGGAACCAAGUGGGUCCAUGUCAGCUGUGCCCUGUGGAUCCCUGAGGUGAGCAUUGGUAGCCCGGAGAAGAUGGAGCCCAUCACCAAGGUGUCACACAUUCCCAGCAGUCGGUGGGCGCUAGUGUGCAGCCUCUGCAAUGAGAAGUUUGGGGCCUCUAUUCAGUGCUCUGUGAAGAACUGCCGCACGGCCUUCCAUGUGACCUGUGCUUUUGAACGGGGCCUGGAGAUGAAGACCAUCUUAGCAGAGAAUGAUGAAGUCAAGUUCAAGUCCUAUUGCCCAAAGCACAGCUCACACAAGAAACCCGAGGAGAGUCUUGGCAAGGGAGCUGCACAGGAGAAUGGGGCCCCUGAGUGUUCCCCCCGUAAUCCCCUGGAGCCCUUUGCCAGCCUUGAGCAAAACCGGGAAGAGGCUCACCGGGUGAGUGUCCGUAAGCAGAAGCUGCAGCAGCUGGAGGAUGAGUUCUACACUUUUGUCAACUUGCUGGAUGUUGCCAGGGCUCUGCGGCUGCCCGAGGAAGUAGUGGAUUUCCUGUACCAGUACUGGAAGCUGAAGAGGAAGGUCAACUUCAACAAGCCCCUGAUCACCCCAAAGAAAGACGAAGAGGACAAUCUAGCCAAGCGGGAGCAGGAUGUCUUGUUUAGGAGGCUGCAGCUGUUCACGCAUCUGCGGCAGGACCUGGAGAGGGUUCGGAACCUCACUUACAUGGUGACCCGCAGGGAGAAGAUUAAACGGUCCGUGUGCAAAGUCCAGGAACAGAUAUUCAAUCUUUACACUAAGCUCUUGGAGCACGAAAGAGUUUCAGGUGUGCCUUCUUCUUCCUGCUCCUCCUCCUCACUGGAAAACAUGCUUUUAUUUAACAGUCCUUCUGUGGGUCCUGAUGCUCCCAAGAUAGAGGACCUGAAGUGGCAUUCUGCAUUCUUCAGAAAACAAAUGGGUCCUUCCUUGGUUCAUUCGCUGAAAAAGCCCCAUAAGCGAGAUCCUUUGCAGAACAGCACUGGAAGUGAAGGCAAAACCCUGCUGAAGCAGCCAGACCUGUGUGGUAGAAGGGAGGGAAUGGUGGUCCCAGAAAACUUUCUGGGUUUGGAAAAGACCUUUGCAGAAGCACGUCUCAUAUCAGCACAACAGAAAAAUGGUGUGGUGAUGCCAGACCACGGGAAAAGAAGAGACAAUCGUUUUCAUUGUGAUCUCAUUAAAGGAGACUUAAAGGACAAAUCUUUUAAACAGAGUCACAAGCCUCUCAGGUCCACAGAUGUGUCCCAGAGGCAUCUCGACAACACAAGAGCUGCCACCUCCUCUGGAGUGGGGCAGUCAGCACCUGGCACAAGGAAGGAGAUUGUGCCCAAGUGCAAUGGCUCCCUAAUCAAAGUAAACUAUAAUCAGACCACAGUCAAAGUGCCUACAACACCUGCCAGCCCAGUGAAAAACUGGGGAGGAUUCCGGAUUCCAAAGAAGGGGGAACGGCAGCAGCAGGGAGAGGCCCACGAAGGGGCCUGCCACCAGCACUCAGACUACCCAUAUUUGGGCCUAGGCCGAGUUCCAGCCAAGGAAAGGGCAAAAAGCAAAUUAAAAUCUGACAAUGAGAAUGACGGGUAUGUCCCCGAUGUGGAAAUGAGUGACUCAGAGAGUGAGGCAUCAGAAAAGAAAUGUAUACACACCAGCAGCACUAUCAGCAGGAGGACAGACAUUAUCAGGAGAAGCAUCUUGGCUUCUUGAUGCAACAGAGAUGAUGCGGAAGCCCUUUGGGCUCGUCAUUGGGUGUGCUAGAGGAGAGCUCUGAUGGGGGGAGAAGCAGAAACCCAUUAAUCCUGAGCUACACAAACAUUUACUUGCAAUUCAGAUUAAAUUUUUUUUUCCAGAGUCAUUUUUAAAUCAUUUUUGAGAGAAGUUUGUGUUAUUUGCAACUUGUUGAGGAAACAGAAGAGUAGAUUGUAACCGUAAGACAUUGCUAAGACUAGAACCCAAACUAAACACUAAAAUAAGCAUGAAAUAAAUUUUAAAGAGGGCAAGGCUUUAAAUAAGCCUCCUGAAUUUUUACAGCCCUCUGCAUUCUUCCCAAAGCACAAACUCGUGGUUACCUGAAUGCAGGGAACCCGAUAUGGUUCUUAAGAAACCUUCAUGGUACCAUUCACAGCCCAUAAAGCUUAUUUUCUAGGACUGUGGUAGAUCUUGAAAUCAUAUUUAUAUUUGGCCAUCAAGGCUAUUUUUGUUACAUUAUAGUAUACAGGCAGCAGCUCUGAAGCUUCAGUAACACUAGGGAAUUUAUGUGUAAAUAUGGCAGUCAGGGAAGAGAGUUUUAAAAAAGGUCAUUAUUGGAGGAGCUGAGGGGACAGGGUGGAGCUGCUGCAAUGUGGAGAUUUAGGGUAAAUGUAGCAAGGUCCUGCUGCUUGAAGCCUGUGAGUAGGUUGUGGAUAUGAGACUGGUAGAGAAUGAGACUGUUAGGAAAGUUGUAUCUAUGAAUAAGGGCAGUUGAAGUACAAUUUUUAUCAGUCUACUUGACCUUCCUCUUCCCUAACCACUGGCUGUUGAGCCAGCUUGGGGUUUCCCUGGCCAUUGCCAAUACCUGGCCAUCUGGCUUCCACUAGUAUAAUGGCUACUCAAGUUCAAGUGAAGAACUUCCAGACUCUGGUGACUCUUACUUCCCAGAGCCAACCACUAGUGCAUAUGUCGGGGAAUCCGGGCUUCCAACAUGAACGGAUUCCUUAAGGAAAAGAAAAAAAAAAAAAAAAAAAAAAAAAAAAAAAAAAAAAAAAAAAAAAAAAAAAGAGAGAAAAACGAAAUAGGUUAUAUUUUAAAAACAAUAGAAAGGCAAUAAGUUGCGAUAAGCUCUUACUAUUGACCAAGGUUAUACAGGAAAGAGAUUGAAGUGUACCCUUGAAUAGGUUUUCUGUAGUCAGAGUUCUAAACUCUAAUUCGUAACUUGGACUUUCUAAUUGCAAAUGGCAAUAACUAGUAAGUUAUCAGCAAUAAUAAAUUUAGCAUUAAAAUUGAGUACAAUGUUUUGUUUUUGCACUCACUGUAGUGCAUUAUGUAUCAAGACAGUGGAUAGUGUUUAGGUCCUGUUAAUUUUUUUUGGAAUUCAAUGUGGUUGUGAAUCAAACUUAAGGAAGGAAAGUUUAAAUAGCAAUGAGAUUUAGAAUUAUGGGCAUUCGGAACACGCCCGACUUCCCCAAAAUUUCUCCUUAGUUUGUUAAUACCAAUAUUCAGAUUCCUGAUUCAUUUAUACAUCUGUUUCCAUAUGGCAGGGACAUUAUGAUACUUAAUGAAUAAUGCUUUGAGUUCUGUAGUUAACUUUCAAGUCUUCCAGAUGAUUGUCAACAACAAAAAAGGCUUAUUGAAUUCCAUCUUGCUAUGCAAGUUUUAUCAGAUGAUCAAAUAGUAGAUCUGAUGCAUCCCCAUUGUAUGUAUAACAUUUUCAAACCAAGUCUUAACUUUUCAAAUACAUUUUAGUAGCUAAUUCAGGGGAGGGGAAAGAAUGACGCAGGUUUUUAGAUUGACUAUUUUUGAGCUAUGGGGCUCAUUUUGAAAGACUGCUGUCCAGAUCAGCAUGUUGCUACAGAUAAUAGAAGGUUCUUAUGAAUCCAAGUUGUAUAUUCACUUGUAGCAUAAUUUAAAAAUUAGAUUUUUUUUUUUUUUUUGCAUAUGAGCAAAAACCUUUUGCUGAAUACAGGAGAAGGUUGGAUUUUAUCUACAGUUAUCUUUUGACUACAGCAACAGCUCUGGGUGAGAGUAGAAUUUAUAGAGGGAUAAUUUGUCAAGCCAUAGAAAGAAAAAUCUAAAUUAAUCUAGUAAGUGUAUGACCUCUCACCAUUUUAAGAGGUAUCAGAUUCAUUUGCACUAUUAGGAAUGCUAGUUUUGUGCAAAAAUAAUGCCUUACCUGUUUUUUCCCCACAUUUAGGUUGAAAAGCUUUCAAAUGUUCCAAGUUAUGCUGAACCAAAAAACAAAAACAAAACAAAAAAUAUAUAAAAAAACCCCACACAAAAGCAAAACACACAAAAAUAAAAAGCCGACACAUUUUAUUCCUGCUUUGAAAUGCAAAUGGUAUAGAGCACGGUUUCUCUGACAGUAUAAUGAUAGCUUUGUGAGUUAGUUUCAUGUCAUGCUGGGAACUCUGUAUGAGGUGGCCAUAAGCAACAACCAGCCCAAACACCCACUUGCAUUCUAUUAGUACGGAACCAUUUGCUUUUUUUUUUUUUUUUUUUUUUAGCUUUAUUUUUUUUUGUGCAUCCUGACCAAGAAAUAUCUUUGAUUAUGAUUAAUGUAUUAUGUCAAAAUGUAGGCUAGUUAAACUUUUGUAAAGUUGCCUGGAAUGUCAUAUGUUAGGUUAUAAACACAAGAUCUAAAUGAUGGGUUUUAUGUGUUGUGUACAAAUCUUAAUUAUUUUGAAAUGGACAAACUUGUCAUUACAUUUGUAACCUUGUACAGAGGAUUUUUCACUAUGUGCCUAGCUUGGUGUCCAUUCAGCUAAAAUUGAAAAAAAAAAAGGUGCAUGAAGAGUUAAAAAUCAAAUAAAAGUAUAUGUAGAGAUGACUAUUUUAUAUUACAUGACCCAAUCCUGUAUUUAUUUCUACCCCCUUUUUGAAAGUAUUUAUAAAACUAGUUGAGGACAGCUGUAUUUUUUUGUUGAACUAUUUAGUAGAAUUGUGCCUUUUUGUCUGUAUGUGAAUAAAUGCUGUACAUUUUGCAAUACA